AUAGCCUAUUCAUACUUGACUGAAUAGGGUAAGUGGGUUCCGUCACAGAACUUGUGAGUCUUCCGGGUUUUCGACGAAUCCAGGCCUUCCUCCGGUUCGUCUCAGGCGGAGCUAGAGCUCUAACUAAGGAGUAUGGUAUGUAAUGCACAAUGUCCACGGUACAUUCACGUGGUGAGUAAGUACUGAAGUGGGUAAGUAGAAAGGCCCGCUUCUUCAACGAGUGAGGGAAAAGCCGUCGCUUCAAUGCCGUCUCAAAACACCUUUCAGUUGGGAUCGAGUUCAAGGUGAGACCAGAUCCAACCAUCAAAGUCCAGUCAUCGCUCCAAAACCACCCACUAAAACCAACAAAUUAGAUUUCCAGGACCGUUUGACAAGACAUGAAGAGCUCAUGGAUCGGCUCCUUGGCCUUUGUUGUGGUGCUUGCCAAUCUGUUCCAGCCUUCGCUUCAAAACCCCGAGGCCUUGAUCACAAGUCUGAGCCAACUUCCACAAGCGGAUCAAUUGGAUUGGGUUCUACGUUACUUGGAGGAGAACUCGCCUCAUCGUUAUCCCGACACAUUGGAUUUUGCUCUAUCCAUCCUGACGCAAAAGGAUGUUAAUCCAAAGAUUCGAUCCCUGUAUAAAAAUUACAUUGACAGACUAGUCUCGCGGGUCAUGAAGAAGCGCGCCCCAGAGGAGCCCGCCUACUUCGAGGACGAUCGUCGACCAAUCAUGACAGAUAUCCGAAUGAAGAAGUCCGCUCAGUUUCACUCGAACCCGCUUUCGGCCAUCCGGAUACGUCGAGCCACCGACUACAAAUUCCCCUUGUCGGACAUCAGAUUACGGAAGCGUAACUUUUUCACGGACAGCGUACCGCUUUCCGCGGUCCGCAUCAAGAAGACGUUACCUGAGAUGGGGUAUCGGCCAGUGUACGGCUUUAGGCCGUUGUUGUCGGAUAUUCGAAUUAAGAAGGACUUCAUGGAGGAAUCGCCUCAUAUUGUGCCUCUCUCAGAUAUUCGGCUCAAAAAGAAGACGAUCGACUUCCAGGAUGGAGUGAAACGAAAUGCAGUAAUGGACCUCUCGGACGUUCGAAUGAAGAAGGAGAACAUGGACUCUGGCUCAGCCGAGACGUAUUCAGAAGACCCAGUUACAGCUAUUUUCGACCAACUAGUGGAAACCUAUCCUUAUUGGGCCCAUCGUUCAAACCAAGAAUAAAGAAUGCUCUCCAAUCCACAAAGACCCCUCUGGUUUUCCACCAUUCUAUCCGUUAUAAUGGAGAACCUAUCCGCUGAGACUUGGAGGUUGACAUGGGCAUUUUCUUUUAAAAAAGCACACAAUGCCUUUACCAAUUUAACUUGCUCUCUUAUUCUCUCUUGUUUCUCAUUCAUUAUUGAUGAGGACUGGGUCGUUGAAAAUUUGGGAGGAUACACGCUUCAAAAAGACGGAUGUACAAAUGAUGCAUCUGACACAAAACACUGUACUCAAAAAGCAUACCUAUUUCAUAUCGAAAAGCUCUGGUUUUCUUUCCUGUUCAUGUGACUACGUGUACACACUCACUUGGGUUUAGAUCAUCUCGAUGUUCUAGUUGAUUUUCAUAUUAUACUUGCACAUAUCACACAAUCCACCUUUUUAUCGGCCAAUAAGAUACAAAUAAUCGUGACCUUAUCCAGUUUAUCUCUGAUCUCAAAAUUUCAAUAAAGUGUCUUCAGCAGUUCCAUGA